ACAGACCGGCGUGAAGGAAUUUCCGCCAACGUCAUCGCGUAUGUCCAUAACAAGGCUGCAGCUGUCUGAGAGCAACAAUAACAAGCUCUAACCAACAACUUAACCGCGGCUUCAACCAUACCUGACAGCGCUGGAGAUCGCCAACUUUCAUAAAAUGCGGCUGUCGAAAUAAUUCUGGCCUCCGUUCGUUCGUCCUCCAGGCCGAAAACCGGGUCAUCGUCACCGCGAAACAAACACGGAGACUCGGCCGCAGGGGGAACAAGGCAGUUCGGGGCUGCAUCUGGGUUAGUGGGCCUGCAGUACCGGUGGUUUUGUUAUUCCCGCAGUGCGCCCGUCGGUGGUUUGUAUAGACAUCGCGUCAGUUGUAUAAACCGCGGAACAUGCAGGCUAACGGGGCAGGACAGGACCGAGAUUCAGAACUGUCCUGCCGAAACGGUGCACAAAACGGUGAGUCGUCCUCCACCGGGGCAGCUCACUCCAACGGACUAGUGUCUGUCACCAACAAUGGAAACACUGUCAGCAACAACAACGGAGUGUCAGCCCAGCCCGCGGCCAACAACAGCAGCAGCACGGCGGACGUGAAGAAGAAGAAGCGCCUGUCUCAGUCUGAGGAGGAUGUCAUCAGGCUCAUAGGACAACACCUACACGACCUGGGUCUCAAUCAGACGGUGGACCUCCUAAUGCAGGAGUCUGGCUGCAGACUGGAGCACCCCUCUGCCACCAAGUUCCGCAAUCAUGUCAUGGAAGGAGAGUGGGACAAGGCUGAGAGUGAUCUGAAUGAGCUGAAGGCACUGAUGCAUUCUCCCAGUGCUAUAGUGCGAAUGAAGUUCCUGCUGCUGCAGCAGAAGUACCUGGAAUAUCUAGAGGACGGGAAAGUCCUGGACGCCCUGCAGGUCCUCAGAGCAGAGCUCACUCCUCUUAAGUACAACACGGAGCGGAUCCACAUCCUGAGCGGGUACCUGAUGUGCAGUCAUACAGAGGACCUGCGAGCGAAAGCAGAGUGGGAAGGCAAAGGCAUGGCAUCCCGAACAAAGCUGCUGGACAGGCUCCAGACCUACCUGCCUCCCUCAGUGAUGCUACCCCCUCGCCGCCUGCAGACUCUGCUGAAGCAGGCGGUGGAGCUGCAGAGGGAGCGCUGCCUCUACCACAACACCAAGCUGGACAGUGGACUGGACUCUGUGUCCCUGCUCCUGGACCAUGCCUGUAGCCGGAAACAGUUCCCUUGCUACACUCAACAGAUUCUGACUGAACACUGCAAUGAAGUCUGGUUCUGCAAGUUCUCCAAUGAUGGCACAAAACUGGCAACUGGGUCCAAAGACACCACAGUCAUCGUGUGGCAUGUCAACGUGGAAACCCAGCAGCUGAAGUUGAUUAAGACUCUAGAGGGUCAUGCUUAUGGUGUUUCGUACCUGGCGUGGAGCCCUGAUGAUGCCUAUCUGAUAGCCUGUGGUCCUGAUGACUGCUCUGAGCUGUGGCUGUGGAAUGUACAGACGGGGGAGUUACGAACCAAGAUGAGUCAGUCUCAUGAGGAUAGCCUGACCAGCGUGGCCUGGAAUCCAGAUGGCAAACGCUUCGUCACUGGCGGCCAGAGAGGCCAGUUCUACCAGUGUGACUUAGAUGGAAACCUGCUGGACUCGUGGGAAGGAGUGCGGGUGCAGUGCCUGUGGUGUCUGAGUGACGGCAGGACCGUCCUCGCAUCCGACACCCACCAACGUAUCCGAGGAUACAACUUUGAAGACCUGACGGACAGAAACAUUGUGCAGGAGGACCAUCCCAUCAUGUCUUUCACUGUUUCCAAAAAUGGAAGGUUAGCUCUGCUCAAUGUUGCUACCCAGGGAGUGCACCUAUGGGACUUGCAGGACCGAGUGCUGGUGAGGAAGUACCAAGGGGUCACCCAGGGCUUCUACACCAUCCACUCCUGCCUCGGAGGGCACAAUGAAGACUUCAUCGCCAGUGGCAGUGAAGACCACAAAGUUUAUAUCUGGCACCGGCGCAGUGAGCUGCCCAUCGCAGAGCUGACUGGUCACACCCGCACAGUCAACUGUGUAAGCUGGAACCCCGUACUGCCCGGCCUGCUGGCAAGCGCCUCCGACGACGGAACUGUCCGAAUCUGGGGACCUGCCCCCUUCCUGGAUGUUCAGGAUGGAGAGGUGCUUGAUGAAUGUUGCAGCAUGGACAGCUGAUGAUUAACUGGUGCUCUGAACCCGACGAGCGUUAAGACUCUGUAGACACUUGAAUGGAUGAAACGGGGAAAGCUUUGGUGAUUGGACAGCUGCUUCCUGGAGGCAGGGCUGGCAGUGCUCCAUGUCAGGAUGUCACAACACAGAGAUGUCAGGCUUAGUCACAUUACUGAUAGCAGAGCCGGCCGGGUGAAGCUUGGCUCCAGGACCUGUCCCAACUCCUCCUGUUUGGACCCGUUCCCUCAACACCAUCCAGGACCACCCACCUCCUCUUAUUUAUUAUUAGCUACAUUAUUUAUUCACGAGUAGUUCAUUGACUAGUGCUAGGCUGUGACAUAGCAGCGCCUGGUGGAGGGUGUGUGUGCUUAGUGUUCUUCAGUCCUGUGUCUGAGCUGCUCACAUGAAGAAGAAGCUUUAGGUCUUUCCCUCUUUCACCUUCUGAACCUUUUAAGAGAUUUUACCUGCAGGAACAUUUGUUGGCCGUAACACACACUUGAAGAAAAGGACCUUUUAAAUGCAUAAUUCUACAUUAUCUUGUCUUUUUUAUGCAAAACACAUUUUUUGUUUUUUCCCUUCAGCUUUCCUGUAUGUAUCCAGAGAAAGACAGUAUUUGGUGAGCAUGUUGCAUAGGAUUGCACAGGACAUGGUUGAUGGCUAAUGUGUGUUUUACACUUGCAGUACACCCUUCUAUAUCUAUUAAAAUAUGUUGAGUGGUUGGCUGCCUUCUGAGAGUAUACAGCAGCUGAUGAAUGGAAACCUAAAGAGUUCAGAUGAUUAUCUGUCAACCCUUACCUCUGCAUAUGGAUUAUGUGAGUGUAGUCUCCUUCAUGCUGUCAAUGUGGAUUUCCUGUUUUUUUUCUGUUACAUCUUUGCUCUGGCUUCACUGUUUGCUCUCUGUUCUGUUGCUGCCUCUCUCUGCAUACAAACAGCAGUCUUUAUAUGAAUUUAUUUUCAUUUGGGUUAGUUGUUACAUGUUCUAAGUCUCAUUUAUCACUGUGGUUUUUUUUAUAUUUACUAGAAGGUGGGCUGAAACAUUUAAAGAGACACCCUGAUUUCUUACUGUACUCAGUGGAGCCCCCAGACCCCCAGCUCAACUGUCAGCUGUUUGAAAAGAUAAAGCUGAUGUUAUACCAGAACAGACAAUGUGUUGGUCAGUUUCUCACAAUUCACAACUGGCUUUAAGCCCAUCUGUUCCUACUGACAUGAAUUUUUAAUUUUUAAAAGUCUCUGUCAUUUCCUCAAACAACUGCUCUGUGUAGUUUUUUUACUCAAACAGAGGGACUAUUUUCAGCAGUGGAUUAAUCCACAGUUGGGGUUAUGUAUUUGUGGCAACAGGGCAGUGUGUGUGAGACUGAGUCAAAUAAACUAGUGUGUGCUCAGACUGGUGAAGGAACAGUGAUGUGUUUUUAAUCAUUUUUGGAAACAAUGGAGCUCUGUGGCCCAGAUGAAUCAGAUAUCUCAGACACAUGCACACACACAGUACUUGUUAGUAGUAGACAAUCAGUGUUUUUUGGUCAGUACAUGAGGUGUGUUCAUGAUUUAAAAAAAUUAAAAGUACAUUUUCAGCCUUGUCCUUUCAACGUGUGACCAGUGAGCUGUGAGGACACAGUAACAAAAUUAUGGAGUGUAUCUUUAGCAGUCAGUGUGUAACACAUUUGCACUCAAGUGUAACAUAAAGUUAUUAUGAACUUCUACAAAGUGUUUCCUUUCAGAGUCAAAAGAACAAUCUUGCCUGAUAUGAUGUUUUAUGUAAUAUGUGCUGUAUAUUUGUAUGUUAUGGCAUGUAUUAUGAGGCGUGUACAAAUAGCAGACAGGAGGAAGUGUGUGUUUCAGGGUUCCCACACCUGUUUUAUACUGUCAGAUUUUUUUAAAAAAAAGUUUCUGCUGCUUCAGCAGCUCUUCAUACCACAUUUUCUUGACUGGACUAUUGAAAUGUAAAGCAGCAAGUUAACAUUUACACCCGUGAACAUAAAACAUUUGUUUUGAGAUUCAGCCUAAAUCUGUCAUAUUGUGGUGACAUUUUUCCAAACUGCUUCUACAGAUUGUGUUGACAAGUUUAUUCAAGUGAGAAUUAUUCUUCCAAAAGCUCUGUGGUCCUGGAUGGUAUCUAUACAGCCUGUACAGACUGUAGGAAUCCUGUUUUUCUGCUCAGGCACCAUCACAGCCACCACCAGCUUUAAUUCCGCCAUCACAGAACACAUGCACAGUGGCACACAACAAUAGAUGUCACACACACACUUGAGUCAAUCACAGAUGUGUUCUAGCUUCUGCUUCUGCGACUGACUAGUUUGUUUCUUCUGAGUAUUUUAGGCUUCUCUUAUUUUCUCUUCUCACCGUAAGAAGCCAAAUUAGGAACUUAAUUUGCUUGCAGGCAGUUUCUGCCCCAAACAUUUUACAUUUUAAAUGUGUUAUUACAAAAAGUGAUUGUACUGUUCUGUGUUGUUCUGUAGGAGAAGUGUUAUGUAUGCAUAUUUUAAAUAAAGCAUUCAGGGUUUUAAAAUGUUUAAA